AUGUCCGCAUAUAUCCUCCUCGCCUCGAGGCAAAGUGCUGAAACUUCACUCAGAAAGCACAGGAACCUCUCGCUGUCUUCGAGUAGUCGGAGUUCUGCAAAUUCUUCCGGUUCGAGUUCACGAGUAAAACGGUACGACAUAGCCUCCAAUACUUAUGUCGAAACCAGAUCUGUAAGUUCCGCAGAUAGUGAUGUUCUCAGUUAUCAACGAGCCAAAGAUCGGUUGGCUCGCAGUCCUUAUUAUCACAGCAACUUUCUUUUGAACCAAGAACUAUUUGGUAACACCAAACUUUUCUCGUCUCGCAAUUUGGAAAUAUUGCGAUUUACAUAUUUUGAAAAAUUCACCACCGAUGAAAAUUGCAUCAAUGUUUCGGGAAAAUCGCCGUAUAUGAGGGAAAUAAACCGUAUACGACAAGGAAAAAGCAAACACCAAAAUGAAGGUGAAAAAUUUCAAAAUGAAAGUGAAAAAUUUCAAAAUCAAACCCACGACAAUUAUGACAAUUAUGACAAGCUCAGAUCUUCUUCCUCCGUUCAGCAGAUUCUCCUUUCGAGCCAAUUUUGGAACGACAUCUACCAAGAAAUCAAAUUCCAAUCGUCCGGCAAUAUCAACUACUUUGACCUUAUGCCAUCUAUGACCCACUGUCAAACAUUUUUUUCAGCAACUUUUGACUAUCUAUUGUAUCAUAUUAUGGAGCUCACACCUCCGGAAUCAAUGCCUCAUCAAGACCCUUUUGUUCAUUUUACCGAUUUCGACUAUGGAUUUAUCUCCAAUAUGGGCCGGGUUCACGUGCAAGAAUUUGCCACCCAGCAUCACUUUUGCAGCUAUUUUAGAGCAGCACCAUCAAAAACAGCAUCGGUGGAAAUCCAUAUCAAGCUCUUGACGGUUUUGGUUCAAACAAUGAUAGAUAAUUUGAGGCAAAUUGUGCAAACUGGGAAUCGUAAUCGGCACUCAAAAGUGGUUGAUUUAUGGGAACAAUUUAUGACAUUUGUUAUGAUGCAAUUGAUAUUUACUCCUGAUAACAGAGACCGCUUGGAAAAGCUCCUGGUACCUCCAGUUAAAGAGUACGAAUUUCCUAGUCCUAAUAUUGAUCAGGAAGAAGAAUUUCGCAAUUCGAGUCUCGAGUCAAUUACAUCCAAAACCACCGGUCCUGCAUCUAUCGUAUCAGCCACCAAUUCUAUGCUGAUCUCGUCACCCGACUCCGAGCACGACGAGCCGGAGUGCACAAAGACCCCCAAGCGCCGGGUGUUUCAGUUUUUUAGGAAAUGA